AUGGUGCUUUUCCUCCUGUUUCUCGUCUUCAUUCCCUUGACCAUUGCUGCAACCAAUAAAAACGAUGAAAUGAUGAACCUCUUCUGCUCCAAAGGGUGCCCAUAUUUGAAAAGUAUGGAUAAAAACGCCAAGAUUAGUUUCAAGAGACUGAAUAAGAAAUGCAAGGAGGAUCCCAAAAUACCGAAAUUUCUCUGCGGAAAAACACCUGACCAGAACACUGCAAAGCUUUUGGAAAGGCACACAUGGGCACAGCUUUGCAAGGCAGCAUGCGGCAAUUUGUUUGCGCAAGGGGCUCAGCUUAAUUAUACACAUAGAAGAGGGCUCGCCAGUCUACAUUUACGUAAUAAAAUACUCAAAAGAGGAAGAGACGCUGAUGAUGCAUUCAUUUCUCGGGUAGUUGUAGACUUUGAUGUACAAGGCUUCUAUUGA